AUGAACACAGGUGGGUUUAUGCUAUUUCAACAGCCUCAGAAUAGUUUAGAUGCAUCAUUUGCUAAUUUGAAUUUUGGCGAUACUGGAGGUGUGAAUCAACCGCCCGAUAUGGGGAACGCAGGUUUCAUGGGGGGAGCUAAUGCUGGGCAUUCGGACUCUAACGUACUUAGUGCUCCGUCUUCAAUGGCGGGGUUCGCUUCGCAGCAACAGCAGCAGCAACAGCAGCAACAGAAAUCGCAACAGCACUUCCAUGCGACGCAUGGGGGAGCGUCGCAUCAUCACCACCACCAUCACCACCAGUCCAGGGGUAGUAGCGGAAGCGUUGAUCAGGCCGCUUGUGGAGGGGGAGGGACGUCCUCUUCCUAUUGGAAUACCGAUUCUUCCACAACUUCUUCAAUAGCCUCUGUAGAUCCUGUGAUUGCCGCAGGUGGAUCUACUGCGGGGACCCUGACUACUGCGAGUAUCAUGGAUGGCCACACUGCGAAGUCUUCUUCGGGCCUGAAUACAACUUUUGGGACCACUUCGAGCCAACAAUCUAGCCCUUCACAGGGCGCGCUGGACUCCAUGGAGUCGCUGCGGCUCGAAUUGCAACUGAAGGAGACUCAGAUCGAGUCCCUCGAGGACGAAAUUACUAAAUUGAAGGGAAUCUUCAACCAAGGACUAACCUUCAAGCAGCAAGAGCAGCAGAUGCAAAGGCGGAAGUUGCGUCAGCAAACCCUUGAGCUAGACCACAUGUCGGUGGAGAUACCUGCGAACCUGGAAAUUAUUUUCAAUAAACUGGCAACUUCUCUGAAACGUAAGGACGAAGAGCUUGAGGAUACGAGGAAACGCUUAGAGAGUAUAAUGACAGCAAUCUCGUUGAAUCCAACUAAUUCAGUCACGAGGUUUGGCAGAUACGACGAAGAAGCAUUGGCCCACAAGAUGGUAGUGAGAUUAGAGAUGCUUACCAAAGAGAACCAGGAAAUGGCGAAGCUGUUAAGCUACGGCAGGUCCAAAGAAACCCACAUUGAACUUGAGCUGCUAAAGAAAGUAAACCUCGAAUUACAAAAAAAGACGGAGCAGCUGGAGAAGCAGCUAGAGAAGCAGGCUGGUAACUCCGGUGGAAAACUGGCAGGCAAUGCAAGCGGAAAGCAGGCAUCGUGA